AUGUCACAUCUGACUGUACUAUUUGGUCCUGCGCCACAUCUAACUGUACUUGGUCUUGCGUCACAUCUAACUGUACUUGGUCCCAUGUCACAUCUCAUUGCCCUCGGCCCUACGCCACAUCUGACUGUACUACUUGGUCCUGCGUCACAUCUGACUGCACUUGAUCCUGCGUUACAUCUGAGUAGCCUUGGUCCUACGUCACAUUCGUGA